CUCGCGAGAAGAGGUGUGGGUCGGCUGCCAGGAUGGAGGCGCCGCGGGCCGCGGUUCCUGUCGGGUUUGCCACCGUGCUGGCGGUAACGGUCCCUUCCCACGCAUGCGCCCGGGGGUGGGGGCGCGCUCCGGGACUCCCCCCCCCACCCGGGGACGCGGGGGGGUGGGAGGUCCGUGCCGGCCUGACCCGCCGCCCCGCCCGCAGGACACAGACUGGUCGGAGCCCUGGCUGUUGGGGCUCGCGGCCUUCCACGGCCUCUGCCUGCUGCUCACGUGCGUCUCCUUCCAGCGCCGCCGUCUGCAGCUCGGACACUUCCUUUGCCUGGUGGUCCUGGUCUAUUGUGCUGAAUAUAUCAAUGAACUGGCUGCCAUGAAUUGGAGGUUAUUUUCAAAACACCAGUAUUUUGAUUCAAGAGGGAUGUUUAUUUCUCUAGUGUUUUCAGCACCUUUGUUGUUGAAUGCUAUAAUAAUUGUGAUUGCCUGGGUUUAUAAAACAUUGAAUGUAAUGACAGAAUUGAAGACAUUGCAGCAGAAAAGAAAGGCAGAGAAAGAAAAGAGAGAGAAAAUUGAAUAAAAUUUAAUAUUAUUUUUAUGUUCUUAAUUUUCAUAAAAUCCUUUAUUUAAUCAUUCUUUCUGUUUGUCAUUCAGCUGGAAGCUGAAGUAUAUCCUAGCACUUCUAAUUGGUACUCUGUGCCUGAAGGACUAGGAUUUUGUACCUUCAUGGUCUUAUCCAUGUUUCAGUUGUAAUAAUUGUUUACAGAGUAUCUGAAUUUGACCAGAAUAUACCACUUUGUUUUGUGCUAGCCAAUAUCGUUAUCUCUGUUAUAGCAAACUUUUAAGUCGUGGUCAAUUACCUUUUCUCUAUAUAACUCCUACGUACCUACUAUUUAAUAAUCUGUUCAUUAAAAACAUAGUUCAAGUCAA